AAAGAGACAGAGAAAGAGAGAGAGAGAUAGUGAGAGUCGGCGCUUUUUUUCUUUGUUUUCCAAAACAAAAUAAAUAGCGCACAUCUCAAGCAAGCACCACCACCAGACUCAAAAAAAAACCCACAUAGAGAGAGUUAUAUUUAUAUAUUUAUAUUUACAGAGAAGAGUGAGGAAAUCGAUCUUUCGAGUAACGGCUACUUUUGCUGUUGUAGUGUGGUAGAAGAGGAAGAAGAAGGGCUGUGGUUUUCUUUUUCUUUUUUUUGUUGUUGUUGAAAAUGGAUUACAACAAUGACAAUAGUGAGUCUUGGAAUUGGCAUAGGGAGGAUUACUGUCUCCAAAAGGAUCCCAAUAGUGACAUAUCUGAAUGCCUAUGGAAUGGAGUGCCUCAGAACGAAGAAGAUCUUUCCUACAUGCUUGAUGAAACAACCCCCAUCAAGGCUUGCGGGGAUUUGGCUUACCAUGUUUCUCAUAGUGAGAAUAUGACCAAGGAACCAGAAGAAUGUAGAGAGACUUCUUCACAAGUAAAGAGGCGCCGGAUGCUACAAUUCAACAGUCAAGCUGUGGAUCCUUCCCAUGAAGAGAAGUCAUCUGCAUUCCUAAAAUCAAUUGAGUGCGGGGAGAGGGAGGAUUCAAUUGAAGAGAUUUUCCCUGAAACAUCAUAUUGGGUUUCUGGGCCUCCAGGAAAUGCAUCUGCUUCUGCUUAUGAGAGCCUGGAUCACUCAUCUGAAGAGUGGCUUGCAGAAUGCUUUAAUGAUACUGAGAUGAAUUUCAGCCCUGAUGAUAUGAAUUUCUCUGGGGCAUCUGAUAUCCAGUUCGAUAUUGGUGAUUUGUGUGACUUCCCACAAGAGUAUGAAGCUAAUGCAGUCCAACAACAAGUUUCUCGAACCCCGCAAAAAAUUAUUUUUAAAGGUAGGAAGUCUUACAUACGGACUCCAACUAAGUUGGCUGCUUCUGUGGCCUAUCCAUUUGCCUUCAUUAAACCCAGUGGGGCUCAUGGAGAUGUAACUCUGAAGGAGAUAAACCAGCGGAUUCUCACUCCACCUCCUUCAAAAUCAAAGAAAGGUAAUGAAGAUCCUGCUGCUUCUUACCCUACUUCAGCUUUCUCUGGGAAGCCUGUAGUUGGAAAAACAAAAAUCCGCACUGAAGGAGGAAAAGGCAGCAUCACAAUUAUGAGAACCAAAGGCUGAAUGCGUAGAUAAGUGUUGUUUUGGAUGCAACUUUUAUUGGUCCUACCAUCUUGCCUCAUUAUUAACUGGGGUUGGAUUUUGCUGUAAUAUUCCAGGGCCAAUAAAGUAUAGAAGUUGAUACUGAAUUUUUUUGUUGGACUAGUUCUUGGAAGUCAUAAAUUAUUUCAUCGAAGUGUUUGUCUCCAAGUGGUAUUUUAGGUGUCAAAUAGCUGUUGUUUCUACAAUGAGAAUCUUGAUAUCUAAUUAAAUCCUCUUGUUAAUGAUUCCCAAGAACAAUGUUACAUCAUCUGAAUUUCAUAUAAUGCAGGAAACUUAAUUACUGGAA